AUCUGUUCUUUCGGCUUCUUCCAUUAGUCUAGCGAUGCGCAUUGCGAGAUUACACAGAAAUAUGUCAUCAAAACAAUAAGAAAACAAAGAAGAACAACAGCUUGAAAUGAAUAUCGUGUCGGUUAAACCACAUUUAUAUUCGAAUGUUUUUAUGUCUAUCGAAUCUAUAUGUUUUGUGCAAAUAUUACGCUGUAGCAUAAACCAUAUCCGAACAUGCAAAUAUUUUUUUCUUUUGUGAAUGCGAUUUAAAUUCAUGCUGCCCCGCACAUACGCACACUAUUUUUUAAAUAAUUUCGUUAUUUUUGGAACAAAGGAAGCUCCGUCUUUUACGUAAUUUCCUGUCCUUUUCCUGUUUUCGAGUUCAAGCGCUAACGGUGCUAGCAGUGCGGCACCGAAUGAAUGAUUUUCGUUUGUUAUUCUAUCAGUGAGCUAGCAGACGCAUGUCGCGGAUCAGGACCACACUGGACAGCGUCACCAAGGCAGUAGGAAGCACCGAGCUCAUCUCCAAAUUCUCCCGUCUCAAGCCAGGCAACGCUGUGGUGAACGGCGCCCAUGCUGAAAAGGUUUUGGUCACAACGAAGGACCCGGAUGUCUCGCUGCCACCCGAAGUCACCGUAGGAGAUGCAGGCGGUGAGAAAUGUGUAGCAGAAGAUGACAAGAAAGAAGCGCAAGUUGCAGAAAACCCCUUUGUCGCUGCCAAGGGUUCCAGUGCCGCUUUUGAGGUGUCUCCCCCCGUCUCGUCCUUAAAGCAUACAGCGCAGCUCUUCCAUACAACCAACAUGGACGAGACAUACAAGACCUUAGCCCAGCACAUCAACAGUUACUUUGGCAUGGACACGCACGGGGAGGAAGGAGAAGGCAAGCGCCAGCAAUACAGUGAGCCUUUUCCUCCCAGAAGUGCCGACCAUUUCCCAGUUUUGGCUCCAGCGGCAGCGUCCAAGACCAUCGAUGCAGCUCCUGCCCCACCUCCAUCUGAAGACCUCAGUCACCCAGAAGCUAAACUUCCAUUUGACUCCACCGCAACAGAAAGCACAGCUCCAUCCGUUGCGGUUUUACCCAGCUCCCCCAAAAAAGGCUUCACCCACUAUCUGUCUUACCCUCGUCCAAGUGUUCAAGCUUUUGUGGGGAAUUACAUCGCUCCGCUGGUGCCCAAAUUCCGAGGGGAUGUCAAAAGUGUUGAGAAAGACAAGCUCGCAGCUGCCAGUGUAGUGGAGGCUUCUGUGGAGGACGUGGAGAGUGAAGAUCAGAAGGCCGAUGAAGCCAAGCAGCAGCAACUUUUGGCUCAAAGGGAGAAGAUAAUAGCCAGGGUGAGUGUCGACAACAGAACCAGAGUGCUUGUGAAAGGCUUACAGAGAGUUAACGACAUCCAGCUCCUCACCAGUCGUGUGGAGGAACUCAGCUGUCACCUGCUGGAGUUCCCCGAGACGCGUGGCGUGGCCAUCAAGGCGAAAGCUAUACCAUGCUUGCUGCGUUUGCGUCAGGCCACAGACCUCCGUUUCCAGGCUGCUGUGAGAGAGUCACUGGCUCUGGUCGGCUAUACGAAUCCGGUGAAAGGCAGAGGAAUCCGAGUCCUGGCCAUAGAUGGAGGGGGGACAAGAGGACUACUGGCUCUGCAGACCCUCCUCAAACUGGAGAACCUGACGGGAAAACGAGUCCACCAGCUUUUCGACUAUAUCUGUGGAGUCAGCACGGGUGCUAUCCUGGCUUUCAUGCUGGGGAUUUUUCAGAUCCCUCUCGAAGAAUGCGAGCAGAUGUACAGGAAAUUGGGCUCGGACGUCUUCAAGCAGAACGUCAUCGUCGGGGCCGUCAAGAUGGGCUGGAGCCACGCUUUCUACGACAGUGAAAUUUGGGAAAACAUCCUCAAGGAACGUAUGGGUGAGGGCUGCAUGAUAGAAAGUGCCAGAGAUCCAAACUGUCCCAAAGUGUCAGCGGUAAGCACCUUGGUGAACAGGGGCCUGCCUCUGAAGGCCUUUGUGUUCAGGAACUACCGGCUCAUGCCAGGAGUGAGGUCACACUACCUUGGAGACUGCAAAUACAAAAUGUGGCAAGCCAUCAGAGCGUCUUCUGCAGCGCCAGGCUACUUCCAGGAAUACGUCCUUGGGAAAGAUCUCCAUCAGGAUGGAGGCCUCCUGAUCAACAACCCCACGGCAUUGGCCAUCCACGAGUGUAAAUGCCUCUGGCCGAAUACGCCGCUGCAGUGCGUGCUCUCUCUGGGUACCGGGCGCCACGAGGUGGCGGGAAAGAACGGCACCACCUACACCAGCCUCAAAGCCAAGCUCACCAACGUCAUCAGUAGCGCCACAGAUACAGAAGAAGUGCACACCAUGCUGGACGCCCUCCUGCCUCCGGACACCUACUUCCGCUUCAACCCUCACAUGAGCGAGGACGUGCCGCUGAACGAGAGCCGCGUGGACAAGCUGAACUUCCUCAUGGACGAGGGCGAGCGCUACCUGGAGCGCAACGACGCCAAGCUGCGCAAGGCGGCCGGCGUGCUGACUCGGGAGAAAAGCUGCAUCCAGAGACUGGGCGAGUGGGCCAAGCUCAAGGCGGACAUGUACGAUGGUCCCCCUUUCACCUCCAAACUCUAACUGGUCCGCUAAGGUAAGAUGACCCCAAGAGUUUGUUGAGGAGUCAAAAAAAAAACAAAAACAAAGUUGUACAGUACAUUUAGUUGGCGUGUAGGUAGUUUGGCAAUGAAUUGUUUCGAUUCCUUCAUAACUUGAAAAAUGAUUUUAACAUAGGCACGAGCGCGGAUUGACCAUCCAUGUUUACAAAUUAGGAUUAGACGUGUGUGGCCGGAAGGUGCAGGCUCAAUUCUUUUUGACGUGUAAUGAAAAAAAGAAGGCCUCCAUAAUCCAUUUGAAUCGUGACAAUAUUGCACAUGACAUCAUUGUGAUUGCUUGUUUCGAACACCAAACGGGGAGGGGAGCUAAAACCCUCAUGCACUUUGGAAGUGUUCAUUUUUAACCGCUAGACCUGUAAAUAAUAUUUGAUCUGGUGUUUAUUUAAAUCAGAGUUGCACUUUUAGGCUUUUUCAUAUUUUUUCGUUAUUUGAGCCACAAGCUUGAGGGUCUUUUUUGACAGUUACCUGCUUCGCGCUCUUAUCGCCAGGGGUGCACACGAGGAGACACCUGCUAAAAUAAUGUGUUUAGCCCAUAUCUUGUGGAGGUGAUCAAAUAUUGUGAAUGCAGAGUUUUCAUCCCGCACUGGAGUCGAUUCUCUUGUUUUUAAUGAGUUUACAAGUGUAUGGCAGUUAUUCACUCUGGCGGCCUUAUUUAAAAUCAUUCUUAGUGGGGACAAAAAAGCCCAGCUGUGCAGAUUUUGGCAAUCCUUAAAUCCCAUCAUCGUCACUGUCAGACCUCAUGAAAUAAA